UUUGCAUACCAACAAGCUUUACAAAGUAUAUGUUCAAAUGCCUUGUGCAGUGGUAAAUCUGAAGCGAUAAUCCGCAACCGAUGGCUACACAGUUCCCUGGUUUGUUGCUGAACAGCGCUGGCCUUACACUCGCCGGCGGCCGGUCUCUUAGUUGCCGGAACAAUCAACCACCGGCAGCCAUGUCCUCUGCCAAUCCUCCUUCUCUCUCUUCCACAAUUCAGGUUGUUGGUUGGAAAGGUGCUGGAGGGUCUGGCAGUCAGAAUUCAAAACUUUUUAAUUCUUUUGAAGACAUUCAAGAAGAAUAUGACUGGAAUGAUCUAGAAACCGAUCUUUACCAUUGGACAAAGACUUUACGACCAGUUCAGUGGUAUCCUGGUCAUAUCGCGAAAACUGAGAAAGAGCUCAAGGAACAGUUGAAAUUAAUGGAUGUUGUCAUAGAGGUUCGAGAUGCAAGAAUCCCGAUGUCCACAAGUCAUCCACAGAUGGACUCAUGGCUUGGCAACAGAAAGAGGAUUUUGGUUUUGAAUCGAGAGGAUAUGAUAUCAACUGCUGAUCGGAAUGCUUGGGCAACUUAUUAUGCUAAUCAAGGGAUUAAAGUUGUUUUCUCCAAUGGCCAGCUUGGAAUGGGAGCACUGAAGCUUGGAAGGUUGGCGAAAGCAUUAGCGGGUACUGUGAACAUAAAACGUAAAGCAAAAGGACUACUUCCUCGCCCAGUUCGAGCUGGUGUAGUUGGGUAUCCAAAUGUUGGUAAGUCAUCUCUGGUAAAUCGUUUGCUGAAGCGCCGGAUGUGUGCUGCAGCCCCAAGACCAGGUGUUACCAGAGAGCUGAAGUGGGUCCGUUUUGGGAAAGAUCUAGAGCUACUGGAUUCACCUGGCAUAAUUCCUAUGAGGAUCAGUGAUCAGACAGCAGCAAUAAAGCUUGCCAUAUGUGAUGAUAUUGGAGAGAGAUCUUAUGAUGCUGCAGAUGUUGCAGCCAUUCUUGUACAGAUGCUUUCAAGGCUUCCAACUGUUGGUAAUAAAGCUCUUUGUGACCGCUACAAGAUUGAGGCAGAUGGGCGCUGUGGUAAAAUAUUUGUUCAGAAGCUGGCUGUUCAGUUAUUUAAUGCGGACAAUAAUCAAGCAGCAUUUCGUAUUUUGCAAGAUUUCCGAAAAGGGAAAUUUGGUUGGAUAGCACUAGAGCGGCCACCCAAGUAGACCUGUGCGUUUCAGACCUUGUUCUAGUGCUUUCAUGUUAUAUCAGUUAAAGCUUGCGGAAAAUUCUUGGAAGCUUCUCUAAAUCAACAUAGAAGUACCUAGACGGAAAAACCCAGGAAGAAGCUAAGCUGUUCGCAUCUCAUGGAAACACCUGCAAGCUAGAAAGGUAUAUAUAUGCCACUGAACCUACUCAAUGAAGCUACAUAUGGUGUAAUUGGUUCUUGAGUUCCAUUAGCGUCAGCAAUGAUGACUUUGGUUUAUAAUCGUCAGUUGUAACUGUUAUCUUCAGACGAUUAAAUUAUAGUUUGGCUACAAUUCCAUCAGUUGGAAUUUGCUGAAACAUUUCAACUUUAGUUAUCUACCUGCUGUAAAUAUGAAGGU